AGCAGUGUUGACAAUAUGUCACCACGCAUAGGUUUAACCAAUCAAUUCAGUAUUGAAGAGGAACCCGAUCCCAAUAAACAGGAUUCACAAUUGUUAUUGAAUGAUCAAAAACCAUGCACUGGUUUACUAAAUCCCAACGAAGAAGAUGAAAUGAAAAUAACCGGCUAUCGCCGGUCACCAAUGCGUACCGCAUUAUGUUGGCUAUGCAUUUGCCUGACCGGCGGUUUGUUGCGUUUGAUAUUGCAUUGGUGGCGUCAUUGGUAUCUAAUGGCCACCCAUGAAAUCUGCAGUUUGGAAGAAGCCGACAAAGUUCUGGUACAAGAAGAUUACAAGGGUAACCAUAAAAUCUACUAUGUCAAGGAGAUACAAAAUUUAGAUAUUAAUACAUUGAGGUCAGCCAAGCAGCAAAAAUCGUCAUCAUCUCCUGCAAGAAAUGCCACGACGACGACCACUGCGGAAAUCAAUAAAGAAAAUUUAGCCAAUGGUUGUAAUAAUGUUGAAAGUGGUGGUGCGGGCGGCGGUCUUGGUGUUUUCGAUGGUGCCGAUUUGGAAGAACGGAAUUUCCAUUUGUCUAUGCAUUUUGCAACGGGUCAAUUCAAGUAUUGUACAAGUGCCCGUAUAUUCGUCUGCAAACAGUUGCGCUACGCAUGGAAUUCUCAAACACAAACAUUCGAUAAAUUGCAAGGGCUGGAUGUCGAUGUGUCCAAUGCGUAUUUCCAUCAACAGCACGGCUUGAGCCAACAGGAGAGAGUGGCCAGACGUCUAGUCUAUGGGCCAAAUGAAAUAACAGUUCCUUAUAAAGAUGUGAAAACAUUGUUGUUCUUAGAAGUACUUAAUCCAUUUUAUGUAUUCCAAAUAUUUUCGGUGGUAUUGUGGUUCACAUACGAUUACUAUUAUUAUGCCUGUGUUAUUGUGCUGAUGUCGGUGUUCGGCAUAACGAUGUCUAUAAUUCAAACGAAAAAGAAUCAAGAUGCCCUCCGUGAGACGGUGCAGAAUACAGGUACUGCCUUAAUUGUGGGUGAACGCGGUGAGGUCCAUGAGCUGCCGACACAGCGUUUGGUGCCGGGUGAUAUUAUUGAAAUACCCUCCAGUGGUUGUACAAUGCAAUGCGAUGCGGUCCUGUUGUCGGGCAAUUGUAUCCUUGAUGAGGCCAUGUUAACUGGUGAAAGUGUACCGGUUACCAAGACGCCACUGCCAUCGAAACGUGAUGUUGUCUUCGAUAAGAAGGAACAUGCACGCCACACCCUCUUCUGUGGCACCAAAGUCAUCCAGACCCGUUAUAUUGGCUCGGAAAAGGUGCUAGCCAUUGUCAUAAAUACCGGCAAUAUUACGGCCAAGGGUGGUCUAAUACGUUCCAUAUUGUAUCCGCCACCAGUUGAUUAUAAAUUUGAGCAGGACUCUUAUAAAUUUAUUGAGUUUUUGGGUUUAAUUGCCUUAAUCGGAUUCAUCUAUACGCUAGUCAGUAAGAUAAUGAGAAACAUUGAAGCCACCAAAAUCGCUGUUGAAUCAUUGGAUUUAAUAACGGUUGUUGUGCCUCCCGCCUUACCAGCUGCCAUGACAGUGGGCCGUUUUUAUGCCCAAAAACGUUUGGAACGCAAUAAUAUUUAUUGUAUAUCGCCAAGAUCGAUUAAUGUUGCCGGCAGCAUCGAUUGUUGUUGUUUUGAUAAGACGGGUACCCUUACCGAAGACGGUCUCGAUAUGUGGGGCGUUGUACCAAAAUCGGCUACAAAUCAAUUCCAAAUUCCCAUUAAACAAAUUGAACGUUUACCAUACGAUAACUUCCUCUUCGGCAUGGUCACCUGCCAUUCGAUCACCAUUAUGAACAACAAAAUGAUGGGUGAUCCAUUGGAUUUGAAAAUGUUCGAAUCGACCGGUUGGAUAUUGGAAGAUGCUCAGGGGGUACCGGAUAAUCAAAAAUAUGGUCUGCUACAUCCGACAGUGGUUAGGCCACCAAAGGCCACCACUCCACCCGCCACACCGCCAAUGGAAACAAAAAGGGUCGAACGCCAAUCUUCGGUCGAUGAUUUACUAUCCGAUGUGGGUUUGUUGAAUGGUGAGGCCGUCAACGAUCAUGGUAUUGUUCGGGAAUUUCCAUUCACCUCCAAUCUGCAACGUAUGUCGGUCAUUACGCGACGUCUUAGUGAGAAGCAUUUUAAUGUCUAUUGCAAGGGAUCGCCGGAGAUGUUGCAACAGUUGUGUUUGCCCGAAAGUCUGCCGGAUAAUUUCUCCCAACAGCUGUCGGUGUAUGCCAAACAAGGUUAUCGUGUCAUAGCCUUGGCCUAUAAGUCUCUCAGUACCAAAGUUAAUUAUACCAAAGUACAACGUUUGCCUCGUGAAAGUGUCGAAAGUGAUUUGGAAUUUUUGGGCUUUGUGGUGUUGGAAAAUCGUUUGAAACCCGAUACCACCGAGGUCAUUGAAGCCCUGACCAAAGCCAAUAUUCGUUCGAUAAUGAUAACGGGUGAUAACAUCUUGACAGCGUUGAGUGUGGCCCGUGAUUGUGGUAUUGUUAGUUCCAAUCAACCGGUGGUCACGGUGAAUGUACGUCACAAAGCCGAUGCCGAGGGGGGAGAACACCAUCAUCAUCACCACCAGCAUCAUCAUCAUAGUUCACAUCAACACAACGAGACGGAUCACAGUAAUUAUGAGCUUUAUUAUACCCUGGAUUUGGGCAGUGCCUCCUGUGCCGCCUCUACCUCAAUGACAAAUGGUAAAACCAAUGGCACCCUUCUUGCCUCAUCCAAUACCAACGAAUCGCUGUACGACACGAACUACCACCGUUUAAAUGGUGAUGUUGCAUCACUGUCAAGUGCCGCCUCCAUUACCAUGCCCAACAGUAAAAGUUGUGGUAGUGUUGAAACUGUAGAUACCUGGACACAUAAUGAUACGGAACUUGGCUUAAACUCGCCCAUGGAUGUGGCAGAACCACCAGCAACCUCAUUGCUCGACAAAAAUUGGCGUGACAAUUAUCGUUUUGCCAUGGUCGGUAAGACAUGGCAAAUUGUCAAAGACCACUUCCCCGAUCUGCUGCCCAAUUUCCUGACCCGAGGUGUUAUCUAUGCUCGCAUGUCACCAGAACAGAAACAGGCCCUUGUUGUGGAACUGCAAAACCUGGACUAUUGUGUGGCCAUGUGUGGUGAUGGUGCCAACGAUUGUGGUGCCUUAAAGGUUGCCCAUACCGGCAUUUCUCUCAGCGAAACUGAAUCUUCAAUUGCCUCGCCAUUUACCUCGCGUAAUCCCACCAUUGCUGCCGUACCGAAUGUCAUCAAGGAGGGUCGUGCCGCCUUGGUCACCUCCUUCGGUAUCUUCAAAUACAUGGCUGCCUAUUCGAUGGUACAAUUUGUAUCGGUCAUGAUUCUCUAUUCCAUCGAUUCGAAUUUAACGGAUAAACAGUAUUUAUAUAUAGAUUUGGGUUUAAUAUCGAUAUUUGCAUUUUUCUUUGGCAAAACGGAAUCGUUCAAUGGACCAUUGGUGAAGCAGGUGCCGUUAUCGUCGCUAAUAUCGCUGACGCCGUUGGCAUCGAUUGUUUUGCAUUUGUUGGUGGUUAUUGCAUUCCAAGUAGCAGGCUGGUUCCAUGUUCAUCAACAGGAAUGGUUCGAACCAUUCGUCUACAGCAGUGACGAACAUUUAGGCUGUUGGGAAAACUACACCAUGUUCGCCAUAUCCAGUUUCCAGUAUAUCAUUUUAGCUUUUGUAUUCUCUAAAGGUGCUCCAUAUCGUCGACCCAUCUGGUCGAAUAUACCCUUCUGUUUGACCCUCAUUGCUAAUAUCUGUAUUGUUAUCUACCUCAUUCUGUAUCCACCGGCAUGGUUGGCGGAAUUCUUCCAACUGAUAUUACCGCCUGAAAUGAAUUUCCGUUAUUGGAUGUUAAUCUAUGGUGUGGCAGCAUUUGUGGCCCAUGUAUUGAUCGAAACUGUGAUUGUGGAACUGUUGUUGUUUAAGAAUUUCCAAGCGAAACGUGAUCGUGAUGUGAAGACAUCAAAACGACGUUAUAUGCAAAUUGAAUACGAUAUGAAAUUCUAUAAGAAUUGGCCACAAAUAAGCGAAGUUGUGGAGUCGAUGCCAUUGGAAAAGAAACGAAGUAACAUCAAUCCGGCCUACUUUGAAAUAAGUGCCGAACAGAAUUUCGAUACGCCGGUGUCGGAUGAAAAUAAUCCACUGAAUAGUUUCUUUGAUGUGGAGACGCCAACAACGCCACAAGGUGGUGAACAGCCACAAUUUAUAAUGGCGGUUCCAGCAGCAGCACCACCACCACAUGCAGCCUCCUUCUCAAGUACUGUUAACCCAGACAAUGGUGCGAAACAAGCAACAGCGGCGGCAAAUGUUGCAAAUAAUUAG